GUGUAAAAGAACUGUCCAUAGCAUUUAAGGAACUAUACCCCAUAGUAGUAGCCGCAAUGAUAUGGGGACAUAGAUGGAGAGGACUACGUAUUAUGUUUAUGUGCGACAAUAGUGCUACAGUAGCUAUACUACAUAAAGGGCGUUCCAAAGCCCCACACAUCAUGCCGUUAAUGAGACGUUUGACCAUGUGCGCUGCUAUCAACGAAUUUGUGGUAUUGUCUAAACAUGUUCCGGGCAAGUACAAUGUAAUAGCGGACGCCUUGUCUCGUUUUCAGAUGGCACGUUUCAGACAGCUGGCUCCAGAGGCCAACCAUCAUCCCUGUCAAGUUCCCCCAACUUCCGAGGUCAUAUGGGACUUAAAUCUGUAGUGGAUGACUUGUGGGAGACAGCCAUAGCUCCCAGUACUAAACAUGCAUACGACACUGGAUUCAACACAUUCAUUAGGUUCCUUUUGAUGGCAGGUAUUAUUAACAGUGUUAACUUGGCAGACAUGAAUGUUACAGAAAAUAUUCUGAUAUAUUUUGUGGCUCACUGUCAUAACAUUAAUCUGGCGUAUUCUACUAUAAAACUGUACCUGUGCGGAAUUCGAUUUAUGUGCUUAAAAAACGAUAUACCGUAUCCAAACAAUACGAACUUAUGUCGGAUGCAUGCUGUGCUGGGAGGAGUUAAACGUACGAGGAGAAAGGUAAACAGGCCUCGGUAUCCAAUUACCUUUAACAUACUCAGGGACACAUGUAAAUAUCUACGCAAAAACAUGAAUUCUUUCGAAGACUUGAUGUUAGAGACAGUGUGUAUUGUCGCUUUCUUUGCUUUUUUGAGAUGUGGUGAAUUUACUGUGAACAAACAAUUUGACCAUAAUAUUAACCUGUGUUUCAACGAUCUCAUCAUAGCUAAUGAACAUGUACUACUAAAUCUCAAAAAGUCGAAAACUGACCCAUUCCGGGAAGGGGUCACAUUGAAACUAUUUAAGAACGGUAGUGAAAUAUGUCCCUAUGUUGCUUGCUGUAAAUACAUGGCGGCAAGACAAUGCCAGAAUCCUGCACCGGAUGAUCCGUUGUUUGUUAUAGCAAGUGGACAAGCCUUGACACGUACUGUUUUUAUCGCAAGGUUCAGGCAUGUACUGGAGUGUUUAGGUAUCAAUUCAGACUGUUAUAAUGGACAUAGUUUCCGCAUAGGAGCGGCAACCACAUCGUCAUUGGUAUAUCUUCCCGACCACCUUAUUAAAGUGUUGGGGAGAUGGUCCUCAGAUGCGUACUGCAGGUAUAUCAGAACUCCAAAUUCCUCAAUCAGAGAGGCCCAAAUAGCACUGACAUCUACCGGAUAGAUCAUGGACAGUCUGGCAAUUAUGUGCAAGAUUUGCUAUAUAUGUAACUACACCAAACUGG